AUGCAUCAUAUCAUGGCUGUGGCUCUGACAGUUCAUAAUUUAGACCUGCUAAUACAGAAGGCAACUAGUGAAAGCAUACCAAAUGGAGAGAUCGACUUACCUGUUGCACUGGAGGUUUCAGAUGUUAUAAGAUCCCGCAGCGUUACUCCAAAGCAGUGUAUGAGGUGUCUAAAGAAACGGGUUCUUCAGUCACGGCAGAAUCCUCAUACACAGUUAGCCUCGUGGAAGUUGGUUGAAGUUUGCAUUAAAAAUGGUGGCACUCCAUUUUUGAAAGAAGUUUGCUCUCGAGAGUUUAUGGACUGCUUGGAGAAUGUUAUUUUACAGGGUGAGUCUGAUGAUGAUGCGGAGUUGGAGCAGCUGUGUUCCAGGCUAGUGUUUGAGCUUUAUACUGCAUUUAAGAACGACUCGCAACUGAAUUAUGUAUCGAAGGUGUACCAAAGGCUGGUCAACAGGGGGGUUGAUUUCCCAACAGAUUCGUUGAAUUAUGUAGACGGUGCGGGAGCGAUGUUUGAUUCCAAGACGCCCGCGGAUUGGGUUGAUUCAGAUGCUUGUAUGAUAUGUUCGAUGCCAUUUACUUUCCUGAAGAGAAAGCAUCAUUGCCGUUCUUGCGGUGGGAUCUUUUGUCAGGAGCACUCUUCGUCCACUAUUCCAUUGCCCGACUUGGGUAUUCUCCAUCCCGUGAGAGUUUGUGAUAACUGCCAUGAUGACUAUGGAUUAAAGAAACAGACUUCCAAGAAGUCUAAAAAGCAUUCCCAAAGGAAAGAAAGACACAGGGAUUCCCAACAACAAGAUGAUGAGAAUUUAAGGAGGGCAAUUGAGCUGUCUUUGAAGGAAUCGCGGAAUCAAGACACCAUAGUACCAGAGGUUACGUAUUCCAACCAUAAAUCUAAGACAGCAGAUGAAGAAGACGAUCCGGACUUGCGUGCUGCUAUCGAGGCCAGUUUACGGGAGCACGCCUUAGAACAGGAGAGAUUAUCGUCACGGUCAAAUACGGGUUUAGCGCAACCGAUUAUACAAAGCCCACAGCCAAUACAGCAACAGCCACGGCAGGCUUUUAUUCCAAAACAACCUUUUGGACCCGAGUUAACUUCUUCAGAACAGGAGGACAUACAAUUAUUUGCCACUUUGGUGGAGAAGAUGAAAACCCAGCCUCCUACUGCGGUGUUAGAAGAUUCGCAGCUGCAGCAACUAUAUCAAAAAGUGAUUGGUACACGACCAAAGUUAAACCACGCAUUAAAUGAUACUUACCAGAAAUAUAACUCACUUCUUGAUAUGAAUGCAAAAAUAUCAGAUAUUAUGAAUAUAUAUGACGCCAUGUUGGAAAAACAGUUGAGGAACAUCAACUUGUCACAACAAUAUUCUAUUUUACAAAUGCCUUCUGACCCAUAUUCGUAUCAAUUACCCCACAAAACAACUGUCCAUGAACCUAGAAGACUUAACCAAGACCGUGCUCAGCCGCAACCUGGAAAGAUAGCACUGGAAUCUCCCAUUAAUAGAAGCCAUGCAUCAGAUUUGCAAAAUAUACUAAUAGAGCCUACUCGUAAUCGGAUCGACGAAGGACAAUCGCUAUCGCCAUAUCCGCUUUCCGAAGAGUACCCUCAAGUAUCUGAUACCUUGUCUAAAGUUAGAGAACAUGAAAAUGAGACUCAUUUAUCAUCUGAACCACCAUAUCCACGUGAAGAGGCAGAAGCCAACUCGGAAGACAGAAUCCAGCCGAAUAUAAUCACGAACUUUGAUUUUCCUGUAGUUCCCAACCAGAAGAUCCAGGUUGCUAAUGAAGAUACAGAAAUCGAUGAAAGGGCUGAAUCAAACCAAGAUUUGCUUCUAAUCGAAUUAUAG